AUGAACGACUUGUUGAGGCAGCAACUGGCCAUCGUAAUUCAGCAAUUUCAGGCCUCGAAUUUCUCCUUCUUCCUUGCCGGCAAUGCUAUUCUCUCCAUCACUGGUAGGUCGGCUGCCACUGGACAUUCGGGCCCUGGUACAGCUGCUACCAAGAAGGAGGUCGGCCAGCUGAGACAAGUCAAAGUCAAAGAAACGCUGGCCCAGCAAGACCAAGAGCUCGCUCAAGGAGGCAGAGAGGUCGAAAAGCAGCGGGCCAACACUGAUGCACUCGAAGCUGAAGUCAAUCGGCUCAAGUCCACCGAGGCUACGCUUGCGCAGCGAGCUCGAGAACUCGUGGAGACACGAGGAAAGGCCGAAGAAGAGGAUUUGAAAUUGGUCAAUGAGGAGCUUGAGCAUCAGAGACAAGAGCUCAAGCAUCGAGACCAAGAGCUCGCAGAGCAACUAGCAAAGACUGAGCAAGAGACUAGGGCACGUGCUAUAGCCAGCCAGGUGAUACUAGUGCUCAAGAAGGAGGCUGGUAGCCUCAAAGUAGAGUUGGGCCUCACCAAGCAAUUAGUCGAGGGGGGGUGCACUCGAAGCGACGAGCUCAAUCUUGAGAUUGGCGCGCUUCAAUAUCGAUUGGAAACGUCGGCUACACUGGAGCUCAGUACCAGAGUCAUCCAGGAGCAGGGGCGCCAGGAUGCCGCCAACGUCAUUGAGGCAGUCCUCAGCGCCGUGAAGCAUCUCCAAGAGAAGCAAAACGUUGUGCGUAUGGACUCGGCAACGCAGGCCACUCCAGAGUCGACCACUAGAAUUGACUUGACUCUCGCAGAGGUCCAAGUCUCUGCCAACAUGCAUGGAGACGAUCGAGGUCCCAAGAGGCGCUGAGUGGAGGAAGAGGAAGGCGACGGUCAGCAGGCCCAAACGGUCCUCGAAGAGGCCAAGCGAGUGGCUUAUAGUUGUCUAGAAUCGCUGUAGUUUGACGAUGGUGGCCACGACACAUUGAAGAAGUUUAAGAGGGCGUACGAGGCGUACGCUUUGGACGAUGGUCAGUGGGAAAAAGUCGAGGCCUUGAGAUAAGUUGCCCAAAUAGACUUGAC